CGUUGUAAGUGCUUCUACGAAGAAGCUCUCGGCCAGCGCAGCGUAUUUAAGAGCUAUUCAGCAAAUUGCAUGAAAGAGUUUCGCACGCGACAGACCAACAGCCAACAAGUGCCAUCCAACUGACGAUCCGGGACAGAGCAAUUCCAGCAAUUGUAGGGAAAGUGAUCGCUAUCUGAGGGAGAGAUUCAGUGAAAAGAUGUUCGAACGCUGCAAUUUAUUGUUUAUGGCCGUUCUGAUGGCUUCGGCUUUGAUGAUCCAAGCCCAUUUCCCGGAAUACUGUGCUGAAUGUGAGCAGGAGGUGUGGGAGCAAGUGCCAUGCAGCGAAGUGCCUACGACGGUGGCGCCGACAACAACUGGAGGAUCGACCACAAGUCCACCCACCACUGCGGUGUAUAGCACUACGGAACAUGUGUACCCAACCACCACUAGUGCUCCACCCACGCCCACAGAGUACACAACCCAGCCAUCGGCAUACAAAAAGUGCUACUGCGAGUGCAAGCUGGGUUGCAAGGAGUUCUGCCGCAAGGUGGUCUCCUCCGGUCCCAAGCAGCCUCUCACCCAGAUCUCCUCUAUCGGAGACUACGCUCCCGGAGGACAGGUGGAGUACACACAUGUCCAUCAGCGCAAAUACUUCCCCAAGUACGGAGGUGAUGGUUAUGGAGGUUUGGUGGUACCUGUGAAUGGACCCAAGGCAUAUAAACCCUAUCCUUUGGUCUACGAAGAGGCAGCUGCAGCUUCUGCUGCUUCACCGGCUUCCAUACCAUCUGUGGCUUCGUCGGUAGCAUCUUCUCCUAGCGUGGCCAACGUAGUUGCUCCCAAUUACACGCUGGAGGAGUUGGCCCAGCUACUGAGCACCGCAUACGGUAGCAAGAAGGGGUAUCCAGCCAGCGUGCCAUCUCAGCCACGUCCUAAAAUUCAGCUUCAGCCAGCUCCUGCGGCACCUCCAUCCGUUUACUAUUCCCCUGUUCCAGUUCCGGUUUAUAGGAAAAACCCGGUUCCCCUUGUAAGCAAGGUAGCUCCAGUACCCAAAAUCACCUCCAGCAUUAAGUACGCCGCCUCAGCGGUCUCCUCCUCAUCAUCGGGUGUUUCAGUGGCCAAGAUUAAGACACCCUACGAAGAGAAGAUUGUUGUAGCCACUCCGCCUCCAAUUUAUGACAGGACCACAUCCUAUCCCAUUGUUGAGGCACCCAAGGAAUACGUAGUACCUCAAACUGAGGCGUAUCCCGUUGUCCAGAGCCAAACGGAAUCAUAUCCUACGGAAUCCUAUCCCAGCCACAAGGAUUCGUAUCCUAGCAUUACGGAGGCCUAUCCCAGCCAAACGGAAUCCUAUCAACCCCGUACAGAAUCCUAUCCCGUGCCGGAACCUCAGCCGGAGGUCAAGCCAUAUGGAGGGCCCGAAUCAGGCCCUGAUAAGCCAUCCUCAAACUUUGACCUGGCCAUUGAUAAUUAUCUGAAGGACUUUGGAUAUGGCAACCAAGGAAGAGGCUAUGGGGACUACUAAACGCCAGUCGUUGUUGCUAGGUUUAGGUGUAUCUCUAGGCUAGAAAUGUUUUCUAGGUGUCCUUUUUAUUUAUUUAUCUAUUUUCACCCUUGACUUGUUGACUUAAUGAUGAUUAAACUAUUAAACUAAAAAUUUAAAAA